AUGAUGCGUGCGUCGUUCUUUCCUUUGGCAACUGCCAUCUUCGCUGCCAUCGAGCCUAUUACGGCGACGGCCACCUCCAAUACCAGUGAACCACGCGCAGCCGCUGUCAAGGCUACAUUUCACCAUGCGUGGGAUGGCUAUUAUGAGUUUGCUUUCCCCCAUGACCAACUCCAACCGUUGGACAACACCUACAAUGAUAACUACGACGGUUGGGGAGCUUCGGCGAUUGAUGCUCUGUCAACUGCCAUUAUCAUGGGCCAUGCCGACAUUGUCAACCAAAUACUCGAUUAUAUACCGAUAGUUGAUUUCACUCAAACCCCAACAGAUGGCACCAUUAGUCUGUUUGAAACCACCAUUCGUUACCUCGGUGGUUUGUUGGCGGGUUAUGACCUGCUUAAUGGCCCUGCUUCUCACCUGAUCAAUGACCAGAACAAAACGGAUGCUAUCCUGGGUAAGGCCACAGAAUUGGCCGACUCACUAGCAUUCAGCUUCAAUUCAGGAUCUGGCAUUCCACACAAUAACAUCUUUCUGAAUAACCAGAGCUGGGAUGACUCAUCGACUAACGGCCUGGCAACAAUCGGGACCUUAGUCCUUGAGUGGACGCGCCUAUCUGAUCUGACCGGCAACCAGACCUACGCCAAUCUUAGCCAGAAGGCUCAAUCAUAUCUGAUGAGUCCCCAGCCCUCGUGGGCUGAACCCUUUCCUGGUCUCGUUGGUAGCAACAUCGAUAUUGAGUCAGGAGAGUUUCAGGAUGACCAGGUAACAUGGAAUGGUGGUGAUGACUCUUUCUAUGAGUAUCUCAUCAAGUUCUAUAUUUACAGUCCUUCGCGGUUCUCUGAUUAUCGUGAUCGUUGGGAGGCUGCUGCAAACUCAACAAUUGAAAAUCUUACCUCUCAUCCACCUCUGCGCCCAGAUUUGACUUUUGUUCGUAACUAUAACAACGGCUCCUGGGAUAAUAGCUCUCAACACCUUACUGGGUUUAUUGGUGGCAACUUCAUAUUGGGUGGCACUGUUCUCAAACGUACCGAUUUGAUUGAGUAUGGACUCAAUCUAACAGCAGCCUGGCAUCACACUUACGCAUCAUCGACUAGUCAUGUUGGACCUGACUCGUUCGGCUGGAAUGAAACUCAAGUCCCAGACGACCAACAGGAAUUCUACAACCAGACCGGAAUUUACUCCACUAAUGGCAACUACAUCCUGAGACCUGAAGUUAUCGAAAGCUACUAUUAUGCAUGGCGAAUCACAGGUGAUGAAAAGUACCGUGACUGGGUUUGGGAUGCCUACGUAGCAAUCAACGAAACCACCUCGGCUGGCUCCGGGAAUGCUGAGUUAGCCAACGUGUACGAUGCUGAUGGUGGCGGUUACCAAAAUAAUCAAGACUCGUUCUUUUUUGCUGAAGUGCUGAAAUACUGCUAUCUCACAUUUGCCGAUGAUGCCGACUGGCAGGUCAAAGCAAAUGGAUUGAACAAAUUCGUCUUCAACACUGAAGCACACCCAUUUUUGAUCCAGGAAUAG